GAAAGCGGUCGAAAAUAGUUGUGUGCGCUGAAGAGCAAAAUAGAAAUAAAAUCAAACUAUAUUUCUCAAAUUGCGAAAUUCAUUGGGAUUCAAUAGAAUCGAUACACGUACUGUAUUUUAAAAGAAUGGGUUUGCUAUCAUUGUUGAGAAAAUUGCGAUCAGCACCAGAAAAAGAAGUUCGAAUAUUGCUCUUGGGAUUGGAUAAUUCGGGCAAAACCACGCUGCUCAAGCAGUUGGCAUCUGAAGAAGUGACACAAGUCACACCAACGGCUGGAUUCAAUAUAAAAUCCGUUGCCGCCGAUGGUUUCAAGAUAAAUUUCUGGGAUAUCGGUGGCCAAAGUAAAAUUCGUCCAUAUUGGAAAAAUUAUUUUGAAAAUACGGAUGCACUGAUUUAUGUGAUUGACUGUAGCGAUCGAAAGCGAUUAGCUGAGACUGGGAAUGAAUUUUCCGAAUUGCUUGCUGAUGAAAAGUUAAACGAUGUGCCAAUCAUGAUAUUUGCGAACAAGCAAGACUUACAGAACGUACUGAAAGUGUCGGAGGUGGCUGAAGCCAUUGGUUUGGUGAAAUUGAAAGAUCGUACAUGGCAAAUUCAAGAGUGUUCCGCUCUCGAAGGGACUGGAAUUAAGGAAGGAAUGGACUGGGUCUGCAAAAACAUAAAAAAGAAUUAAUCGUGCUUGUCCCAGUUCGCUUUCAGCCCAAUAUUUUCAUCAUUUUCAAUCAAUCUGCUAAUGUAGCCCAUGAA